AUGGCUUUCAUAAAAUCAAUGUUACUAGCCGGUCUACUCGUAGUCGCUGUAGCUGCCACUCCUCCAAGGAAGCACUACAAGCGUGAUGCACCCCUAAGCUCCUCCUACUUACCACCUUCGAGCGGCGGCGGCAGUCCUUCGUCAUCCUACGGAGCCCCUAGACCCUCAAGCAGCUAUGGCGCACCAAAACUUUCAUCCAGCUACGGAGCUCCCAGGCCAUCUUCUAGUUAUGGGGCACCAUCCAGCUCAUAUGGUACUCCCUCAUCAAGCUACGGUGCUCCAUCUUCAAGCUACGGUGCCCCUGCAAAGCCUCCUGCGACCAGUUACGGUGUGCCAACUGGGCCUUCGAAAUCUUAUGGAGCACCUAAACCUUCAAGCUCAUACGGUGCCCCGGCACCGUCAUCAAGUUAUGGAGCCCCAUCUUCAAGCUAUGGAGCCCCAUCUACAAGUUAUGGUGCCCCUUCUUCAAGUUAUGGUGCCCCAUCUUCAAGUUAUGGAGCCCCAUCUUCAAGUUAUGGUGCCCCUUCUUCAAGUUAUGGUGCCCCAUCUUCAAGUUACGGAGCGCCAUCUUCAAGUUAUGGAGCCCCAUCUUCAAGUUAUGGAGCCCCAUCUUCAAGUUAUGGAGCCCCAUCCUCAUCUUAUGGUUCUCCUUCAUCUGGUGGCUUUAGUAUCAGUGGCAGCGGAUUUGGAAGCAGCGGCUUUGGUGGUAGCAGCUUCGGAAGCAGUGGACCAUCUUCCAGUUACGGAGCUCCUUCGUCUAGUUACGGUGCACCAUCCAUAUCAUAUGGAACCCCAUCUAGCAGCUACGGUGUACCUAGCUCUAGUCAUGGUAGUUCUGGUUAUUCUUCUGGUGGUUCCGGAGGAUACUCUACGGGCAGCCAUGGUUCUGGUGGUUAUUCUUCUGGGGGCCAUGGAUCAGGUGGAUACUCUUCCAGCGGUCACAGUUCAGGUGGCUACUCUUCUGGUGGCCACGGAUCAGGUGGUUACUCUUCUGGCGGUCACGGUUCAGGUGGUUACUCUUCUGGUGGCCAUGGAUCAGGUGGUUACUCCUCCGGCGGUCACGGUUCAGGUGGUUACUCUUCUGGUGGCCAUGGAUCAGGUGGCUACUCUUCUGGUGGCCACGGAUCAGGUGGCUACUCUUCUGGUGGCCACGGAUCAGGUGGUUACUCUUCCGGUGGCCACGGAUCAGGUGGUUACUCUUCCGGUGGCCACGGAUCAGGUGGCUACUCUUCCGGCGGUCACGGUUCUAGUGGCUACUCCUCUGGUGGGCAUAGUUCUGGUGGUUACUCUUCAGGAGGCUACUCCUCUGGUGGGCACGGCUCUGGUGGAUACUCGUCCGGCGGUACUGGAGGUUACACAUCUGGAGGUUCUGGAGGCUACUCCUCUGGAGGUUCUGGAGGUUACUCAUCGGGCGGUCACGGCUCAGGGGGCGGCUACUCCAGUGGGAUUCCAGCCACUAUCAGUCAAAGUUAUGACUCAAACGGUGGCUACGUAUAUUAA